AAAUAUUUGUAGAAAAACUUAGAAUUUAAAAAGUGAACUAUAUAAAAUACUUAAUAUAAGCAAAAUGUUUUAAAUUUUAGUGAAAUGUCAAUUAUUAAUAAAUAAAUUGUAAAUACUGAUAAAUUGAAACCAAAAUAUUUGCAACAAUAUGGCACCUGAUUUAGGUGGCUGGAUUCACAAUUUUACGGUGACCGAUACCCAAACCCAUAAGGGUGGUUAUACUUUGUAUAAAAUUACCUCUAUUGUUUUUCCCAGAUCUGUGCCACAGGCUCUAACACAAAUUGUGGUAUGGCGUCGUUUUCAUGAUGUUAAACGACUUCAUCGUGAUCUCAAGCGACGCCAUAAGAGUUUGCAAUUACCAGGUUAUUUGCCAGAGCCUAUAGAUUGUUCUUUCUUUAAACGUUUCGAUAACGAUAUUAUACAGAAGCGCAAGGAAUAUAUUUUGCAAUUACUGGACUAUGCUGCCCAGCAUACGGCCUUGUAUAAAUGUCAUGCAUUUGCUCAAUUUUUCAACGAAACUACGCCCCCUAAUAAAAUCCAAACACUGGUGCAUAAGGCCGUCAGAGGUUUAAAUAAAAAUUUGGAAAUAUUGCAAGAUCAAAUAGAUUUUGCCAGAAAAGAAUUACCUGAUAAGAAAACGUCGGCAGUAAUAAAUCAUGUUGUUGAGACAACGACGACGACAACAACACAACAACAAGACGAACAACGUAAUGCAAAAGAACAAGUGGUAGUAGAGAUAGAAGAUGGUGAGGAGGGACAGGAGGAGGAGGAAGAAGACGACGAUGAGGAAGAUGAAAGUCUUAAAGCUGAAUACAAUGCAAAUGUUAAGAAACAUCCAAAACAUUUUUUAACCCCCAUGGCAUCUAUAGAAAGUGAUGAUAGCGAUUAUAUAUACGAAGCAGCAUUAGAAUUUUCACAGGCUGUACAAGCAGAGGCAAAUUUGGAAUAUACGGAAGCUCAUACACGCUAUAAACGUGGGGUUGAUAUACUUUUAUACGGAUCUAAAGAUGACAAUAGCGAGGAGAGAAAAUUUAUAGCAAAAGCUAAAAUAACCAAAUAUUUGGCCAGAGCUGAAGAUAUACAUGAACGUUUUUUGAAAAAUUCUCAUAGAUCAUUAACUGCUUCCCCUAAAAAUAACUUCCAAUUGGCUAUAGAUGUCUCCGGUAAUACAGCUUCCGAUUCCUCUGGCCUGUAUUUAGAAAGACCUUGGAAUCAUAUGGCUAAAUAUAAGGUCAAUCGUUUGCUAGGCAAUAAGGUUUUGCAUGUCACCUGCAUAACAGAGCAUUUAAAACCCUCCUAUGUUAUGAAGGGCAUUGAGAAACCCUCUAGCAAUUCGCCCACACAAACUGUAUUUUUACCCCAACAUGUUCCCUAUAUGGUCGACUUGUUGGCCUUUUUUCAGUCAGAUCAAAAAAUAUUCCUUCUACUCAAGCUGGCCUUGGGUGGUAAACUAUCGGAUUACAUUGUAACACAACUUUUCAAAGAAAUGGAUGUGAGAGGCCAAUACUGCAAUAAACCCUUAGAAGUUAACGAUUUGUUAAACAAUUCUAAACAGUUAUUACAAUCAGUAUCGAAUACUUUACAAGUUAUUAAAGAUUUGGAAUCUCCGCCACACAAAUCACCACGUCGCAGUCCUCGUAAAAUGCCGUCGUUUCAUUCGAAAAUACCUGAAAAUCAACUUAAAAUGUGGUCACAACAGUUAUUGGUUGCCAUACAUGCUUUACAUGAAAAAAGUGUUAUAUUGAGUGAUCUACACAUGGACAAUUUAUUAUUAAAUGAAAAUGGUCAAUUACUUUUAACAUAUUUCUAUCAAAAUGAAGGAGUCUCUUCGGACAGUUGCAUACACAAAGCUCUAAGUCCAAAAGCUUUGGAUGAACAUUUUGUUGCGCCAGAACGCCCAUUAACAUUACGUUCAGAUUGGUGGAGUUAUGGUGUUAUAUUAUAUGAAUUAUUUUUGGGUUUGUCAUUUAAAGCAGCUCAUCCGGGACAAAUUGAUUUAUAUGGCUUCGUACAAUAUCCCGAAAAUGCUGAAAUAUCUGAUGCUGCCAAAGAUUUAUUGGAAAAAUUACUACAACAAACUCCCGAGGAACGUCUAGAUUAUGAGAAAAUUAAAAAGCAUCGUUAUUUUGAAGGUACCAACUGGGAGGAGGUAAAACAAAAUGGUUACAAUAAUUUUACACAAAAGUGAAAUUUUUAUAAAAAUUUCAAAAUAUUUAAGUUUUAUACACAACCGACAACCAGUGAUAAUUUUAAGUGGAAUGAUAACUCAAGGAAUUAAAUGAAACGGUUUGCUAAAAUUUUAAAUAUAAAAUGUUUAUUAAUAAAUGUAAUUAGUAAAUAGAAGUAUAGUAUUUAAUUUAUAUUAGUAAAUAACCAAAAUAAUUUAGGUUCGAAAAGAUAAUGGAAUAUUUAUUUGUAAUUUUUAAAUAACUUAAUUGUAAAGAGUGGGAUUGAUCCCGAUACAUGCAGCAAAAUAAUAUUUUGAUCAUUGUGGUCCAGGGAAAAAUGUAUGAUACUAGGUUUUUCAAGAAGAUCGCACCAGGCUCAACGUUGAAGACCGUAUUGUGGUCAGAUCGGUAAAAUCAAUAUGCCAAUAAGCAGAAGAUCAGUAUAUGUAUUACCAUCUCGAGAAAAGGUCAUUGUUAGAUAUUUUAUUUCAGAACUCUCUGACACUGUUGCUUAAAGGAGGUCUAGAGCGUCGCGUUAUUGGAGGCGGAAAACUGUCUAGAGGCCAUGUGCUACGGAACAACGCGAUUCGCAAUCAGCAAAUAAUUGUCAACACACCAACAUCUUCAUCAACUGGAAGUUUUUACUAAAGGGAAGAGUUUCCAACAAGAGCUAAACUGUUGCAAUAUAGCAAAUCGUUGUCCGAUCGAUUCUUAGUAUUGAUCCAACCAUUUUAAUCUUGUCUCAAUGCCAUCGUCCCAAGCCAAGUCCCGCGAAAAUGUUACCAACACAGAGGCUCUAUAUUUCUGCAGAUUGAAUAUCCGUUUAACGACCGUAUUUCUUAGCAGAUGCAAAGUUGUAGAUGAGCGAGAUGAUAUCCGAAAUACAUACCCGGACAACGUUGUCAAACAGGCGUCCCAACCAACAUUAGGGACCGUUAGAUGGGGACCAUUUUAAUCUUGUCUCAAUGCCAUCGGUAUAUAAAGCAAUCGUGGUCAACUUCGUAUAAUUUACCUAUCAAUAAUCUUUCAGUAUCCUCUAACGUAUACCAACCUAAGAGGAAGUCCCGCGAAAAUGUUACCAACACAGAGGCUCUAUAUUUCUGCAGAUUGAAUAUCCGUUUAACGACCGUAUUUCUUAGCAGAUGCAAAGUUGUAGAUGAGCGAGAUGAUAUCCGAAAUACAUACCCGGACAACGUUGUUAAACAGGCGUUCAUUGGAAAUUCAUCACUUAGGUGAAGAAUAAAGUCGCGCUUUUGGUGGCGCAGAAGAUAUUUAGCGCGGCUGCACUUUUCAGUGUCGUAUAGACUCCAUUUAGAGAUUUGGUUGCAAACUUGCUGUUAGUACAUAUACGAAUAUUCCUAUUUAAUAUCCUAUAGUCCUUCAUCCAGUUUGCCGCUUUUUUUUAUGGCUGAGAUUUCAGCUUGUAAUGUACUGCAUUGGCCGUACAGCUUAAAGCUCAUCCUUUUAUUAAACAAGGGAAUGUAGAAGGCACUUCCCACACCCUUUGCUGACUUCGAUCCGUCAUCUACUAAAUGAAAUGGGUCAGUCGUUAUCAACUCUGAGAAGUUACUAGGUAUGUAGGUCGUAUUACCCAAGAUAGAAUCAUGGCCAGACCCUCUAAUUGCUAAAUUCCAGAGGAGAGGUGAUAUAACUCCUCUUUUUGGUGUGGCCCACUAAUGCGAAUUUCUUGUGGCUUUUUCAACAAAACCUACAAGCAAAUAUAGAGCAGUCCCAACAGAUGUUGAGACGCUGAAACAAGAUCAGAAUUAAUCGUAGACCUUAGAUCAAUGAUUCGUUCCAAAAAAGGUCUCGGUCUAGUAUGUGAAGCCUUCCCCCACCCCUUGGGGAUGAAUACCAAAGCAGGCCGAAAAGAUCUGUACCAGCCAGGGGCAGAUUGAGACUUUUGAACCUCUUAAUAAAAUUCAUUACUUUUUGAAUUCAAUAAUGAAUCAAAAUUUUAGAAGAAUGAAUUCAAAAUUUCAGGAACUAAGGAAUACGCAUGAUUAAGAUAUCAAAAUCCUUUCCAUCAUGAAAGUAUUAAUUACUGCAUUCAAAUAAAAACCUUCGGUCUAGUAUGUGAAGCCUUCCCCCACCCCUUGUGGAUGAAUACCAAGGCAGGCCGAAUUGAGGCAUAUUGAGACUUUUGAACCUCUUAAUAAAAUUCAUUACUUUUUGAAUUCAAUAAUGAAUCAAAAUAUCAGAAGAAUGAAUUCAAAAUUUCAGGAACUAAGGAAUACGCAUGAUUAAGAUAUCAAAAUCCUUUCCAUUAUGAAAGUAUUAAUUAAGAAUACAUUUUUAUUUCACUGCUUCCAAAUGAGAAUUUUAAAUAAACGUAGAAUAUAGUUUGCAUACGAGUAAUAUUCGCGAAUAUUGCGAUUUUCAUAUGAAGUAUCUUAAAAUUUAGGUUUGAUUAUUAAAAUUGAAUUAUGAAUUGGGAGUUUUGAACCUCUGAAUAAUAUUCUAAAAGUAAUUAAUUAAUUAAAAUAUCAAAAUAAUGUAUAAUAAAUUUUAGAAACUAACAAUACAUAUGAUUAGGAGAUAAAAAUCCUUUUACUGCUUACUAAUAAGCAUUUUAAAUAAACGAAUAGAAUAGUUUGCAUUCAAGUACUAUUCGCGAAUAUUGUGAUGGUAUUAAGUUGGUACAUUCUUAUAGUACCAUUCUAAUAUUUUUAUUUCACUGCUUUCUAAUAAGCAUUUUGAAUAAACGAAUAGAAUAGUUUGCAUUCAAGUAAUAUUCGCGAAUAUUACGAUGGUCUAAGUUGGUACUUUUUUUUAUUAAAGUAACUUUUGCUACUUUGUUUUAGUUAUUUUCUACACU